UCAUUAUUUAUUGUGUACUCUUGGUGACAAGUUGUUACAAGUAACACGUGCUAUUUAACUCAUAUUGUUCGCGAUUUACAUAUUUUUCCUUGUAAAAAAUUUUAACCUUUGACAAAAUAUGAUUUAUUUUUACUGUUUGUUUACUAUCGAUUAAGUGAACCCAAUAGUUUUCAUUUAAUUGUGAGCAAAGUUGAUUUUAAGGUUAGAAUUAAACUUUGUUUUUAAAUUCUAACAAGUGUAAUUAUUCUUCGUACUCGUUUUUGUUUGUUUUUUUUUUAAUUAUUAAUGAAAAAUGGCGUGCUCAUCGAAUAGCCGACUUGAAGAUGUGAUAAAAACAAUAAGAUCGUGUUUAAUUACUCAUAAAGGACCUGUAAGCAUUCAGGAAUUAAAAAAAGAUUAUCGAAAUUUCGAAGAGGAAAAUAUUCCAUUUAGAGAAUUUAAUUUUAAAACAUUAUCUGAUUUUUUGCGGUCAUUAAAAAAUGAUUUGAGAUUUAUCGAAAGAGAUGGAGAAGUUUUGUUGCGUGUAAUAGAAUCUGAAAGUUCGCGUCAUAUCAGUGCUUUGGUUGCUGGUCAAAAACCCGCUAAAAAGUCGAAAAAACGUCAAUCGAAUGGACAUAAUUACAAAAAUUAUUCUACGAGAACAAUGAGAACAUCAAGUUCUUCAAAUAGCAAUUAUAAUCAUCGUUCUAAUGAUGAUGAUUAUAAUUAUGAUGAUCCUGAAUCUAUAGACAAGUUUAAACGUAGAAAUUACGUUGAUCAACAUGAAAAACGACAGAAUUAUAAUAAUAAAACUUUUGAAUCUGAGACAUUGUAUCAAGAAUCGCAUCAAGUUUCAACUACUUCCUGUGAUAAGAAUUAUGUUAAUGACAACAGUUUUGAAAUUGAUGAUAACAAUAGAGAAAUGUCAAGUAUUUUAAUUAAUUCAAGAAUCGUAGAACGUUUACGUCAAUUGAUAGAAAAACAUCCUAAUGGAAUUUGGUGUCGAGAUUUACCAACAAUAUAUGUAGAUACUUUUGGUGCAUCUCUCAAUUAUACGGAUAUAGGAUUUGAGAGUGUUCGUGAAUUUGCCUCAAGUCUUCCGAAUGUAUUUCAUUGUGUUCAAAUAUAUAAAUGUGGAGAUUAUAAAUUAUAUAAUGCAAAAAAUCCACGACCGGCUAUUGAAGGAAUAAGACGACAGAUUGAAAUUACAAAUUCAAAUAAUCAGGAUUCUAUUAAUAAUAAUAUCGAAUUAAAAGCAAUUCCAAGUAAAUUGGAACUGAGAGCUAUUAAAAAUUUUAUUCCCGAUAAUGUGAUGAGUGUCACUGAGUCUGUUGGGCAAAUUUUGGUUAAAAAUUUAUGUAAAUCAAAUCAUUAUGAGGAGAUUGUGAUUUGUGAAGUCUUUACACCAUCGCAUUUUUAUUUUCAUUUGAUAAAAAAUUUAAAAUCAUUUAAGAAUUUAAUGCAUAAAUUACAUGAAUUUUAUGAAGAAAAUAAAACAAAGUUCCAAAUUGCACCUGUUUUAUUGAAAGAUGGUUUAAAUGUCGCUUGUAUUUUUGAGAAUCAAUGGCAUCGAGCUAUUAUUAAAACUGUAACAUCUGAUGGAAGAGUCAAAGUUGAAUUUUAUGACUAUGGAACGGUAAAGACUUAUGGCGUCAACGACAUGUUCUUUCUUCAUAAACAAUUUUCAAAUUUACCAGCGCAGGCGAUUUUAUGCGGAUUACAUAAUGUAAAACCGAUUGAUAAAAAAAAAUGGGAGCCAAGCAUUAUUUUCGAAUUUACCCAAAAAACACAAAAGAAACGAUUGUGUGCGAUGAUUAGCUCAAUAAAUGAAGAGGAAAAUUCGUCCGUAAUAACAUUAGUGAACACGAAUUCUGAAGAGGAUUUGUAUAUUAAUGACUGGUUGAUAGCCGAAGGUUAUGCAAGUGUUGGAAGAUUUAAAACAAAGGAUAAUCGAAAUUUUAGUUUUUGUCAUUACAAAAAAUCUCUCGAGCAUAAAGGAUACAAUACAACAAACAUCACAAACAAUACGAAUGAGCCUUUAUUAAAUGGAAGUUUUAAAUUUAGUUGUUCGGAUAUAUCUGUUAAUUCUUCAAGAAAAAUGGAAAAUACAGUUAAACAUAAUUCUCAGGAAGAACAAAGAAGAAACAUUAAGAAAAUUCCUUCUCUUUUAGAUUUAAAAAUUCCACAAUCAAUCAAAAAUAAAUUAGCUGAAAAAUCAAAAAAUUCAAAUACUUUGCAAUCAUCCACCAGUCAACAUAAUCAUCAUCAUCAUCAUCAGGAAAAUGUUAAAGACGAACAAAUGUCCUGUCCUAAAGUUUUAAGACGAACAUUGGCCUUAAUUUCAAAAAAUGAGGAGAAAAAGAAUGCGGAAAAUAUUUUGAGUCCUUUAUCAUCGUCUGUAAAUAGUUCCAAUUCUUCUGAUUAUGUCAAUACAACGGAAUCAUUAAUUGCAUCAAAUACAAAUUCAUCUACAUCGAGUAAAAUAACAUCAAGACGAGAAAUGCUUUUAAGAUAUAUGAAAAGAUCUCCACCUUCAGUGGAAUUAAAUACGACGAAUUCAUGUGAACAAAAGUCUUCUGUUCAGAAAAAUUUAAAUGAAGAGAAGAGAGUCGAUAAUAUAAAUCGUGAAACUAAAAUAAAAGAAAUUUCUGAACAUCCAAGUUUAAGCUCUUCAACUUCUGAUAGUGUUUCACCGCCUCGUACGCCACUUCAUUUAAAAGAAAAAUCACUAGAUGAAGAAAUACCCGAUUUUGGUACUUUAAGAAGCCAAUUAGGAGGACGCGGUCAAAUGUUACCAAUCGAUUGGAAUGAUAUUAGAAGAAAUAUUAAACAAUGUGACAUUAAAAAUACCGUAUCUCAAAUUAAAUCUAAAUUGGUGAAUGAAAAUAAAGAAAAAGAAGAGAAAAAAGAGGAAGAGAAACAAGAAGAAAAAGAAGAAGAAGAACCAAAAAAUUCGAUAAAACCUAAAGUCAAAACUUCACUCAUUCAAACUGACUUAUCCCGUUUUAUAAAUAAUAUUAAUAUUAAUUCAAUUUUAUACGAGAAGAGAUUUAAUUUUACAACUUCGGCUCAUGUUAAAUCAAACAUUACACCAAUAUCGCCAUCAAUGAAAUUAGUUCAACGUAUACAUGGAAAUAUUUUUAAAAGUACGGCAAAUUUAAUAACACCAAACAUAACGAAAAAAGUAACAGGAACUAUUGAGAAAUUCGAGGAGAAAAUGAAAGAAAUUAAAAUAAUUGAAGAAAAUAAGGAAAAUAUUCAACUUGUGGAAAAUAAAAGAGAAACACUCGAAACAAAUGGAGAAAAAUGUGUAACAAAAUUAUUAUUUGAUUUAAAGCUUGAUGAAGAAAAAGAAGAAAAUAAUAUUCUUAAAACGGAAAUUUCCAUCAAAGACAACGUCACAAAAAAUAGUAAAAUACAAGUUUUAAAUAGUUCCGAAUCAUUAGAUUCCGAUGAUUUUUCAGACGAAUUAUCUGAUUCAGAAUCUGAGAAAAAAUCCAUAAAAAAUGAAUUGACAAUUCAUGAAAAAUAUUCAAUUAAAGAAGAAGAAGAAGAAGAAGAAGAAGAAGAUGAAGGUGAAAAAAAUCUAUCCAUCGAGGAUGAAUCAACACAAGAAUCAUUGGAGAAAAAAAAUACAAUUGUUGAUGAAAAUCCAUUGUAUUUUAAUGAUAUGGAUGUGCUUAGUGACAGUGGAACGUGGGAUGGAAUGAGUUUCUCCGGUGAAAUGGCGUCAUUUAAUAUGAAAAGAAGAAAAUCUAUUUCAUCACAGGUAUCAUCGCGUGUUCCAUCGCCGAGACCAAUUAUUGAUCUCAAUGAAUCGCUCAAUGAUCAAGAUAUUAUUAAUUUUCAAUACAAUGAAUUUAUGAGCAGAAAGAAACAAGAAAUAAAUUCGAAUAAAAUUACUAUCGAAUCCAUUAAUGAAUCUGAAAGUAAUUCAAAAAAUUCAUUAUCGACUACUGAAAAUAAUAUUGAAGAAAUUAAACCUACUUUUCAAGCGCCAGGAAGAUCAGGAUCUUUAAUGCGUAUGUUAUCAAAAAUGAAAAAUAAGAAAUGAAAUUUAUUUUUCAAAAAAUCUUGAAAGCAUGGCACUUUGUUUUUUUUUUUUAAAUUAUUUUAUUUCUCUUUCUCUUUUAUUUUCAAAAUUGAGUGCUUAAAAUUAUGUUUCUCUUAUUUCAAUUAAUUUUCUCCUUGAGUGAAAAGUUAAUUUAAAAAAAAAAAAAAAAUUUUUUUAAUAAAUACAAGAUUUAAUAUUUUUUGUUUUAAUUGAAAUAAGAAAAAUUGUUUUAUGUCUCAUAAAAAGAUAUGUGCCUUAAAAAGUGGGAUUACAAUUUUGAAGACUGUUUUUUCCGUCUUAAUUUUUUCAAAUCAGUUACAUUCAAUUGAUUUUUAUUAUUAUUAUUAUUAUUAAUUCAUAAUCUUAAUUAAGUGACAAUUAUUUGUUUUUAUUAUUAUAUUAGAUAUUGUUUAUUAUGUAAAUGCGUUGCAUUGUAAAAAAGACAAAUUACUAUAUUUUGUAAAUUAAUAUAGAUAUAUAUUUUUUUUUCUACUCCAUUAUAAAGUUAAUAAAAAUUAUCAAAUCAAAUUAAUAAUUAUAAUUAU